AUGGUUCCGGCUCCUGAAAGAGAGGUUUUGGAGCUGGGAGCACCACGUUAUGUGAAGCUGGAAGCACGUUAUGCGCGGAGCUGGUUGCACGUUAUGGACGUCCGACUUGCCCAGAUCCGCCUCUUUGUCCUUACGACGGUAUACAGGACGGAGUUUCGGGCCGGGUGUGGUGACUGGCAUUGUACGGGAUCUGUAGAUAUAGCAGUUGACUUUUUCGCGAUCUUACUAAGGCCACUACUUAACUCUUCUUAUUUCAAGAGAUCAUCCACUGAGAACCAAGAAGCCCUUGCCUCGUAG